AUGACCGACCCAAGAGAACAGGAAGCAGCAGGACAUCCCAACCAGCGAGGCUCCUAUACCACGACUCGUGCCUGGAGCACCUCAGGACUGCCAUGGACGAAGUGUUCCAGACCAUACGACAGAAGCAGGCUACACCACCACCUUCCCAGCUCCCCGCGGCGGUCGUUCCAGCCACCCCACCACCAACUACAUCACCCGGUCCUGGCCCUCCUGGAGCGGUUUGACGGCACCCCAGCUCACUGUAGGGGGUUUCUCCUGCAGUGUGACCUCCACCUUGCCCGUCAUGCCGGGACGGCAUUGGUGAUCUCGGUGCUGACAGGCCGGGCUCUGGAGUGGGCGCACGCCAUCUGGGAGAGGGAUGGUCCAGAAGUGCAGUCCUAUGAGCGCUUCACCCAACUCUUCAGUGCAAUUUUUGACCACCCUACAGAGGGCCGAGAGGGAGGUGAGCCAGGGGUCUACGCCAGGGGUCUAGGACACGGGCAACAGGCAGACGUCCAGACCGAGCUGGCUUGUCGCAAUGAGGACCUCACGUUGGACCUGCUCAUAGCCAUCCACCUGGAUAAUCUCCUGCAUGCCCGUCGUCACCCAUCCCGGGGGUUCGGGUCUCUCCCAGGAACCUCCAGCGAGACUGAGCCGGUGGAGGUGGGCACGACGCACCUUCCCCCAGUGGAAUGUCAACGCCGUCGCCAACAGGGUCUCUGCUCCUACUGCGGGGAGUCAGACCCCCCCCUGGAACACCUGUCCCAGAAGGAGAACCAGGCGAGGAAGCGACAGGCCGAGGAGCGCUCUUGCACCUUCCCAGAGACCGAAGCCAUGGAGGCCAAUGUCCAGGAGGCGCUGGCCCAAGGAUUUCUCCGUCCGUCCACCUCUCCAGCCUCUUCCAGCUUCUUUUUCGUGAAGAAGGGCGGAGGUCUCCGCCCUUGUAUUGAUUACCGGGCACUGAAUAAGGGAACUGUUCAAAUCAGUUAUCCCCUGCUUCUCAUACCCACUGUGAUCGAACAGAUGCACGGUGCUCAGUACUUUAUCAAAUUGGAUUUACGUAGUGCCUACAACCUGGUGCGCAUCAGAGAGGGGGAUGAAUGGAAGACUGCCUUCAGCACCAGCACCGGGCACUACGAAUACAGUGUAAUGCCCUACGGCCUGACAAAUGCACCCUCAGUGUUUCAAUCCUUCAUUAACAAGGUGUUUAGAGACAUGUUGGAUCACUUUGUAGUGGUGUACAUAGACAACAUCUUGGUGUACUACACAGAGGAACUCGAUAGCUGCGCUGGACUGAGGAGGCCAACGAAGCCUUCCGUGCACUCAAGGAACGUUUUACGAACGUACCUGUUCUGGCUCAUCCUGACCCGUCUGCCCUUCAUCGUUGAGGUGGACGCCUCCAAGGUUGGAGUAGGGGCUGUUCUCUCCCAACGCACUGGAUCGCUGCCUAAACUCCAUCCAUGCACCUUCUACUCACAGAAGCUGUAUCCCGCGGACCGGAAUUACGACGUGGGGGAUCGAGCAUCACCUUCCCUCGCCCCCUCUUGUCCUUUCUGUGUGGUCAUGAUGUGGUCCCGCUUCGCCACAAGUGCCCUUAUCCUACUGGUUGUCCUGUUGAGACUCACCCUAACCCUCCCACUCACCGCCUCCGUGGCGACCGAGACACACAGCCCCAGCGACAGCCGUGCUCCUUCCCCUCUUGGACUUAGGCCAGCCGAGGGAGAGAAUGAAGGGAGGAAGGGCGGACUUCCACAGAGAGAGAGAGCAGAAGAGGAGGAUGAGCUUUUUGGAGACAUGGACCCCAAAACGUUAGCAGCCGUUCUGCUGGAGGCGAUGAAUAAGCCGCACGGGGAAAUGAGGAACGGUGUGGAGGAUGGGAGCAAGGAAAAGGAGAGAGGAAAGGAGGAGAAUGAGAGAGAGAGGCAGGAGGAGGAGAAGGGAGAGGAGGUGAGAGCAGCAUUGGAUGAGGAGGGAGCAGACCGAGACAGGGACGGUCGCGAGGAGCUUGAGCUGGCACAGGAGGAGGAGGAAAGACUAACAGAGAAAGUGACUAGCCACACCACCAGCCAGACGAUUCCUGGAAAGGAGAAACGACCUCCGGCAGAAGGAGAAAGAGGUGAGGAGGUGGGAGUGAAGGAAGUGGGGGCCAGAGAGGAUGCGCAACAGGGACCUCCCACCUCACAGGAGACUCAGCAAGAGGAGGAAGAGGAGCAACUAAGUCCAGAUGAAGUGCAGAACCUCCAGAGCAUGUUGGAGGAACUACAGAACUACAACACAGCUAACAAGAGAGAGAGGGAGGCCCAGGAGCAGAGAGGGAGAGAGAGCAGGGGCUACAGCCAAGACGACACAGACCAAGCCCUGAUCCACAACCAGAUAAAACUCAAAGCUAAAGGAUACCCCCGAGCCAUGUCGAAGAAGCUCAAAUGGCAAGAGGAGAUGCAGAAAGCCCUGAACAUGCCCACUUAUAGAGGAGGCAACUUCAUGGACGACUUUGACAAUCUGGCUCGCCCGGCGGCUGAGGAUGAUGAUGAGGAAAUGCUGAGCCCUGAGGAGGAAGAGAGGAGGGCGAAGGAGGAGCAGGAGGAGGUCAGGAGGCAGGCGAUGGAGGCGCAGAGGGCCAAAGCCGAGGAGGAGAAGUUGGCGGACAUAGCCUCGGACAUGCUCCUGCAGUACAUGGUCAAACAGGACAAAGGAAAGUACCAGAACAAGAAGACCCUGCUGUCCAACGCAGCGGAGGACAAGCGCUCUGACGAGGAGGUUGUCAGCGAGGACGAUGAUAUUGAUCCUCAGACCAUUGAUAAGCUCAUCGAGAUCUCCAGUAAGCUCCACCUCCCCGCGGACGACGUCAUUGACAUCAUCAGCGACGUUGAGAAGAAGAAGAAGAAAGACGCUCCUGAGACAUUGCCCUGGCAACGACCCCAGCAAAGACCCCUGGUUUACCCAGCAGCCAAAGCUGUCGAUGCCCAGCCUUCACACCCCCGAUACCCCACCCUGAAGCAGCCUCUCCCGGCCAUCAAUCCCCUCAAGGCGUGGUUCAAGGACAAAUCCUCCAUCAAACCCUCAAAGCAAGACCUCUGGAUCAAACCUCAACAGAAGUCCUUUCGGACUUCCUCCAACUAUCCUACCUAUCCCUUCUACCAACAGAAGCCCUAUCGAGGCUACUACCCAAUGUACUUCCCCCCUCCCAAGCCCAAGCCCCGCUUCUAUGCCAAGCCUUCCUUCAUGCUCAACGACCUCCUGUCGAAUUCUCUGGACUACGACUUUGAUUUCCCCCCCAAGAGGAGGUACCGUCCCUGGGUACAGCCCCGCCCGAGGAAGCCCCCCGCGGCACUCCGGCGGAACCUCUACUACCCAAAUUACUCCAACUACCCCAACUACCUCCUCCCCCCACAACCCAGGACAUACAACCCCCUACCCGUCCCCAUGCCUAAACCUCGCUCGUCCCCACCCAGGGGUCAGGUUCAGCCUCGCCAUCGGCAUGGUUACUAUUACCAAGCGCCCUCAGCACCUUUGUUGACCCGGGACCAAGAUUACUAUGGGAUGCAGGGGAUAGGGAUGGGGCCGCAGCAGCAAGAUAGCAAUGAAGACCUGGAGAACUACAUUCAACAGGUCUUUAUGAAACCCAGGCCUAGGAUGUUUCAGUGA